AUGGCUGUGAAUGUACCUGUGCUUGGCCGACUUUCUCUUCGAGAAUAUACUGCACUUGUUCUCGGAUUCUGUUUUGUCUCAUUUGAAACACUUAUUCGAAUACUGACGCUUGCCCUCCCAACGUCGGUUCUGGCAUGGUUUUAUGAAAAGUCGCGUGAGAUAUUCAUUGCUCACUAUGGGAGUGGCUCCAGCUCUCGGGAGAGUUCCCCAGAUCGAGACUCCAAGCGCCCUACGAGCGAAGAAGAGAGAAGAGCUGAGAAAAUUCGCGAGGCCGAGGACUUUGAAGAGCUUUGUCAAAUUUGGGGUUAUACAAGUGAAAGCCAUGUCGUGCAAACUAAGGACGGAUACAUGCUUGGUCUUCACCGGUUGCCCAAUGCUCAGAACGAAAGAUCACUUCACCCGGGCGCUCGUACUAGAAAACCUGUUGUAUACCUGCAUCACGGUUUACUUAUGAACUCUGAGGUGUGGGUUUGUCUCACCGAUAGAGAGCGCUGUCUUCCAUUUAUUCUGGCCGAUGCAGGUUACGACGUGUGGCUUGGAAACAACCGUGGUAACAAGUACAGCAAAAAGUCUAUACACUCCAUUCCGAGCGAAGCCAAGUUUUGGAAUUAUUCGAUCGAUGAAUUUUGCCUUUUUGAUAUUCCAGACUCGAUCGAGUAUAUUCUCAACUUGACCAAGAGCAAGUCAUUGAGUUAUGUGGGCUUCAGCCAGGGUACCGCUCAGGCGUUCGCUGCGCUCAGCAUCCACCCGGCUCUAAAUGAGAAAAUUGACAUCUUUAUCGCUUUAGCUCCUGCCAUGUCACCUCCUGGAUUGCACCAGCCGAUCGUUGAUGGGCUAAUGAAGGCAUCCCCGACCUUGAUGUACCUCUUCUUUGGACGAAAGUCCAUUUUGCCGUCAACAGUGUUUUGGCAGAGUAUCCUGUAUCCCCCAAUUUUCAUCAAGGUAAUCGAUACAGCUCUGACCACACUCUUCAACUGGCGCGGAGCAAACAUAUCUGCUUCUCAAAAGAUCGCAGCAUAUGCGCAUCUCUAUUCGUACACAUCUACCAAGUCUGUGGUCCAUUGGUUCCAGAUUAUGCGUAACGCUGGGUUCCAAAUGUACGAUGAUGAAGUCCAGUCACCGGUUAGUUUCCUUGGGAAGAAAUUCUAUCAGCCGGCCAAGUUUCCGACUAGAAACAUCGUUACCCCAAUAUUUUUGCUCUAUGGUGAAACCGAUAGCUUGGUAGACAUAGAUGUGAUGUUAGCUGAACUCCCGAAACAUACAACCUGCCGGGGCGUUCCUAAUCAUGAACACCUGGACAUGCUUUGGGGCCAGGAAGUGGACGAGCUAGUUAUACCACACGUUCUACAAGCAUUGAAGGAUGCUCACACCAAGAAAGGAGAGACUCUUCGCUCGGGUGACGGUGCCGAACCCGAUAACAUUUAA